GGCGCAGUUCCGAGCGGCAGUUGUUGCCGGUAGAGUUGUGCGUCGCGGGUGUCAAAAUGGCGGGUGUGUUGUUCGAGGAUAUAUUUAACGUUAAAGACAUCGAUCCGGAGGGGAAGAAGUUUGACAGAGUGAGCCGGUUGCACUGCGAAUCGGAAUCCUUCAAGAUGGACCUCAUACUGGACAUCAACAGUUGGCUGUACCCGAUGGAAUUGGGUGCUAAAUUCCGUUUGGUCCUGGCGACGACACUGCGGGAAGACGGUUACCCGGACGGCGGCGAAUGGAACGCCAUCGAACAGGAGGGUGGUUCGAGAGCUGACAGUUUCGAAUACGUGAUGUCCGGUAAGGUUUACCGCAUCGAAGGUGAUGAGGCCAGCAACGAGCCGAGCAGUCGACUAUCUGCCUACGUUUCUUUCGGUGGAUUACUGAUGCGACUUCAAGGGGAUGCCAAUAAUCUUCACGGAUUCGAAAUCGAUCAACAUAUGUACCUGCUUAUGAAGAAGCUCGCCUUCUAGACGGAUGAUCGCGGGAUGAUAUAUGCUUCUGCGGAAAGGAGAUCGUUAUCAGUUAUAACAAAUAAAGACUAAUUGUCCAAUUCCUUUUUUUAUAUAAUACAAACAUAAGCGUUGAUAACCAUUCCCCAAGUUUCACAUCGACUCGGAUGUACCGGAAUUUCUUUCCAAAUUGCACCUCGCAAGUGGAAUAAUAGCGAGGUCAUCGAAGGCUCGACGGAAUUAUACCAUCCCCGAGAGCCUGCAGUUUAUGUGUACCUAAUACAUGUGUAAGUAAUUAAUAUUGUACGUAAUAAAUUAUUUUUACAAUUGA